GUGGUAGAGCCCCUUCCUCACCCCCACCGCUUCUGCAAGGAACAAUUUUGCGCGUUCCUCUUUCCUCCCAAAUAAUCUUUGGCUUCCUUCCUUGUUUAUUGUAGCUCUCCCUUUUCACUCUGGCAGCGCACGGCAAACCCCCAAAUUUUGCUUCUUUCCCCUUCUCAAAACCCUAAUUUCAUCUCAAGCCUCUGGCAGAUUUCCUGCCUCUUCGACUGAUCUCAUGGCUCAUAAAGAGUUUCAAGUCCCACCGGUGGUUUUCAAAUCGGGCGCGAACCCCGUCAACGUUGGGGCUGGUUUCCCGCAGCGGCGGGUCCCCACGGCUCCGUUUCAACCUCCCCGGCCUUCCAGUUCCAGUAUACCCUUCAUGUCCUUUGACAUAGGGUCUGCAGCCGCAUCCACCUCGUCCGGUCCGCUUUACGGUGGACCCAUCGGAGGUGGUGGCUCUGCUAACUUUGAUGACGAGGAACCUCUGCUCGACGAGCUUGGGAUCCACCCGGACCAAAUCUGGAAGAAAAUCAGAUCGAUACUCAUUCCUUAUCGGAUAAAUUACGUGGUUCACAAGGAUUCCGACUUAUCUGGUCCCAUCCUUCUCUACAUAUCCUUCUGCCUCUUUCAGUUACUCGCUGGAAAAAUACAAUUCGGUGUCAUUUUGGGUUGGAUCGUGGUGUCGUCUAUUUUCUUAUACGUGGUUUUCAACAUGUUGGCUGGUCGAUCCGGUAAUUUGGACCUGCAUACAUGCACGAGCGUGGUGGGGUAUUGCAUGUUGCCGCUAGUGAUUUUAUCCGCUCUAUCGCUGUUCUUGCCGCAGGUUGGGAUGGCGGGCUUUGUAUUUGCCGCGAUUUUUGUACUUUGGGCGACGAGGGCCUCCACGAGUCUCCUUGUCUCGCUUGCUGAUGGUGAGGAUGAACAUCGCGGACUGAUAGCGUAUGCCUGUUUCUUGAUCUACACGCUAUUUUCACUUCUUAUUGUAUUCUAGAGAUUCGAUUGGCAUUGCAGUUUUGGAUGGCAGUGCAUAUAUUAUGAGAUUAAAUGGACCGUUUUAUUGCAUUCAAACGUGAGAUGUAGAAAAUGUUAUUGCUCUUCAUUGAAAGUUCUUAAUGGAAAAGCUACCCGGCGUGACUUGUACUGUAGUAUUGUUGUGUGGUGGAAGUAAAUAUUAUGCUUCUGUUUUGUUUUCUUA